AGUGCACAACACCCCGACAUCAUAGUCGCAACUAUGGACACCAGUAUGCAAUAUUGCUAGCAUUCCAUCUCGUUUGAAUGAAAAGUGAAAGUAAAAGUGUUUUGUGGCCCAUUGCCCAGUUUCAUUUCUAAGGUAACAAUAACACAGGAAGUAUAAAGGCUCCUCGCAGGCAAACACAGCUCAGAACUGAGGAAAGCCAACGACUGAAGGAUGAUGUCGGGAGGACUUGUGCUUUGCUAUGCUGCUCUGCUUCUCUCUCUCACCUCCGUCUGCGCCAUCAAGAAGCUAAACUCCAUCAACGAUUUGAAAAAAGUCAACUUUGGCCGAGCUGUGCCCAAACACAGCCUACUGCUGCUCCACUGGUUUGCAAACACGAUUGACAUUGACAACAACGAUGUCAUACGACUGACAUUUGACCCAAACCUUGGAGCAUAUGGCUCACAUCACUACGGAAACUACGAGAGGCUGUUGAACACGCUGCCUCAAGGAAAUAGUAGAUCUCGCUACUACACCGUUGGUAAUGUCUACCAAGGCCAAACACAGCUUCCCAAUUAUGUCCUCAAUCCACCAAGUGAGGAAUAUAGGGGAAGAAACCGGGACCGGAUCAUAUUCCGAGUGAGGGAGCACAACACAGGACGGCAAGCUAGCGAGACAAUAGAUGAAGUCUACAUCACGCAGCAUUAUGAAAACUCAAAUGAGGGGACACGUUACGAUCCUGUCCAUACAUACAGGAUCACAACCAACCUCCUAAGGCAAAUCAGAGAGUUUUCAGUGGAAGAAAACCAAAGCAACUCAUUGAUGGAGCUCAGAGAAGACUUUGGAAGCAACAUAAACGAUUCACAGUUAAGGUUCCUCAAAAUCACAUGGCGUGAACUUGCUUGCAUUGGACUGCUGAUGUUUAUUGUCUUGGAGGAAAAAUACUACCAACACAACAAACCUCGGCCUGCAGAAAAAAGAAACACACAGCCUCAUUCAGUCAUCAACCUUCAAGACGACGGAGAAACACAUCAUGAUGCUCCACAAAGCUGGCGUGACCUAUCUGUUCAGGACCAUAUUCAACUUGAAGUGACAACUGGAACGAAUGGAAGAGCUGGGAUUUUUUGGCAGUGUGUUCCUGAAAACCGCCUAAAGCAACGUGUCAUGGUGGUACUGUAUAAGGACAAUAAUGCUGAGAAAGCAUUGUAUUCUAAAGUGAUUGAUAGAGAGAAUGGCCAUGUCGACACCUCUGUACUCCUGAAUGUUGGCCUCCAGGCUCGGCUCCAUAAGACGAGGACAAAGUACUGUUUCUGGACAGUAGUGGCUGAGGAGAUAUGCAGAGGAGUUGAGUUUAGAAAUCCAGAAAAAGUUAGAGUACAUGGCUACAACGCAAGCCUACAACUAUUUGUGAAGGACGGAAAGGCUUGCGCUCGCUUAUUUGUGAACAAGUCAUUUAGAGAUUGGAAGUCAGAGUUUAAGACAUCCUGGGUCGGGUUCUACAACAAUAUAAAUAAACCCACUCAAGAAUAUGAAUGGUGGCAAUGGCAGUGGGCCACAAAAUUUAAACCGACGUCCACUCCUCUUGACUCCAUUCAUGAUGUUUAUGAGUACCACUCAGGCAUGGCGGUCACCCCAGGAGUCCAAGCAAGAUUCAUUAUCAGGAAUGACAUUGUUUUGGCUCACACAACAAGCUGGAGGUGAUCACAAAUUCCAAAUAUUUCAUGAAAGUCAGAAAACUGCAUUAAAUCACAAUACAAUUCUAUCAGUUGAUGUGAACACUAUCUAUUUGCAUCAAUAAGUUGCUAAGACAAUUGCUAAAAAAAAAACUACUCUACAUCACUUAAACUUUGAUUCCUUGGCUUGGAGACUCACGGAUCAACAAUUGGAAGGCGGGGGGGGGGGGGGGGGGGGGAAUUUUAAUUUCUUACUGAGCACUGAAGAUGCUCUUGAGCAAGGCACCAAGCUCCUCAAAGACUAUAUUCACACUGCAGUUCAAUUCAGAUUUUUUUGCCCAAUGUGACAGUACAAUUCCUUCAUCUGACAUGUCAUCAAAAGGUGAUAAACAUCACAAUUGAUCAACAAAACAGACACAUGCGACAAGCAAUGGCUGACAAAGAUGAUGAAAAAAAAUCUGGUGAAAAGAAUACACUUUAGAACUGAAAUACUGUAUAUGGGGGGGACCAGUCAGGACUUGCGCAACAUGACUGCGCAACACCUGUUUUGUGUGCAUGCGUGUCACUUCACGGAAACAUUCCAUUCACAGUACAUGUCAUAUUUGUUUUUGUAAUGUGAAUGACUACAUGAAAAGAUUGGAUUUAACAAAAAAUCCGAAAUGGGAAUCAUGCCCCGCAGUGUGAACGUAGCCAAAUUGCCUUUGACAUGUGACACCACUACCUUGCCACUAGCUACCUUGCUCUUAUAUCACUCUUUUUCUGGCAUGUAUUUGUAAUCACUUUGUGCAUUUGUAUUGAUGUAAUUGUACAGUUUUAAAAAUAAAAUUUUACAAUUUUAAAUAAA